CGACCAACAUUUCAAAUGGAGGACUCAUCUCUACAGCUGCUGCUGGUUCUGACUUCACUGCUGAUCAGCACAACAAACCAAGCUUCUCUGACUGUGAGUCCCAGCAGAUCUCAGAUGUUUAGAGGACAGUCUGUCUCUCUGAGCUGUGAGGAGGACGACAGCUCUGCUGGAUGGACUCUGAGGAGGAACACAAGUAAUAAAACCAGGACUCAGUGUGGAGAUGGCUGGGGAAAACCUGCUGGUUCUUCCUGUAAAAUCAGCUACAUGGACCCAUCGGACAGUGGAGUUUACUGGUGUGAGUCCAGAGAGGGAGCAACCAGUAACAGCAUCAACAUCACUGUCACUGGUGGACCAGUGAUCCUGCAGAGUCCUGUCCUCCCUGUGACGGAGGGAGAAGACCUCACUCUGCACUGUAAAACAAAGACGUCCUCCAACCUCCCAGCUGAUUUCUAUAAAGAUGGCUCCUUCAUCAGGACUGAGCCUGCAGGUCACAUGACCAUCCACCAUGUUUCCAGGUCUGAUGAAGGCCUCUACAAGUGUCUCAUCAGCAGUGAUGGAGAGUCUCCACCCAGCUGGGUCUCUGUCACAGAGAAACCCACGACUACAAGUCCUCCUCCAACCUCCACCACCUCCGGCUCCUCUCCUCCUCCCCCCUGGUUGUGGUCCGUUUCAGUCGGUGUCCUGGUUCUCCUGGUUCUCCUGGUUCUCCUGGUUCUACGAUGCAUCCGUAGGAACCCUAAAGCUGCUGAAGUAGAAGCUGGAGAUGAUGACGUCACAUACAGUGAUGUCACAAUAUCACGUAACCUGCAGCAGCCAAUCAGACGGAGCAGAGAUCCAGCUGCAGUCUCCUCAGCAGUGAGAGGAGCAGAAGACGUCAGUUAUGGACAAAUAGUGAUCAAAUCAAACAGGACCAGAGAGCCUCCAGCAGACCCAGAGGUCCUCUACUCCUCACUGAGGAACACCUGAACACCAUCACACCAGUCCAACCAGUGGAGUCCAGCCGGCCAAUCACUGGUCCCCAGAGACCCUCACAUCUACAUCUGUACCUGUAUAGCAGUCCGGUCAUCCAACCAACUGGCUUUAGAAGUCCCAAGGUCCAGGUACAAACUGUGGGGGGGGGUCGCUCUUUUGUAGUUGCUGCCUCGAGACUUUGGAACAAGUUACCACCUGACAUUCACACCAUUACAGACGUCGCUCUUUUGAACAAAAUUAAAACUUCUUUAUUUAGAAUGGCUUUUAAUGCACAGUAGCGUUGCUGCAUUUUCACUUUCUUUCUCCUGUUUUUAUGCAACAGUUUCAGAUGUUACUGUAUUCUAUGUUUUCCUCUUUUUAUUGUAUGGUAUGUUGUUUUAUUCUUGCACUUUGGAUACCUGU